UGCUGGCCAGAUCAGAGACAGCCAUGGGCCCCUUCUCUCCCUCUCGUCCUGCAAGGGCCCUUCCUUACCUGCUCCUCGCCACCGUAAUAGGAGGACUGAUCUCUCUCAGUGUGGUCUGUGAUGGCGCUACGCUGUCAGGCCUCACCGCUGAUGUCAACACAACCGCUGAUCCCUUGGCCUCUGCCCCCGAGACAAAUGGAACUGAGGUGAUCCAGUCCGCCCCAGAGAUGAACAGCACUGACGCAGCUCCAGCGGCUUCGGAGGAGGAGGAGGGCCCGGGAGUGGAACAGCACCCCCCAAAGGAGAAAGCAGUCGAAGGGGAGGAUGUGGUGUUCUCCUGCACGCUGAAGCACGGCCACCCGUCGGGGGUGGUGGUGCAGUGGAUCCACGAAAGGCUCGAGAGUGAACACACCGUGCUGGAGGGGAACCAGACAGGCGAGGACAUGUUCGCCGACCGCGCCUUCCUCAGCGGGGACUUGGCAGGUGGGGACUACUCCAUGACGCUGCGCAACGUCUCUGCUGUAGACCGUGGGAUCUACCUGUGCGUUCUCACGCUCCCUGAUGGCUCCAUCCUAAAGGGCUCUGGCACCAAGCUCAGCAUCCGCAAGAACCUGAGUCUGCAGGGGUUAGAGGAAUCUGUGGGCACCAUAGUGGGCGUGGCAGUGGCAGCAGUGGGUGUGGUCGGCGGGCUCAUAGCCCUCGCCCUGACACAGUUUCGCGAGAAGCUGAACUGCCUGCAGAAGUGAGGAGGAGGAGAGGUCCUGAUCAGGUGAAGGCAAAGAAGAGCACACCUGCAUGAAGGACGUCACCUUCCCAGCACUUCACCCUGUUCUUCUGGUGGCACUCUGUGUUGGACUGUUGUCUGAAACUAACGCUGUAGGUAUAGUCGUGACAGAAACUGGAGACAGUUAAAUUACUGCUGCCGUUGGGUAUAGAGAAAAAUAAAAGUAAAGGACUUCAGAUUCCUAUUCCUGAUAGCAUAAUUGUGAUUGAUUAAUGGAUUCGUAUGACUAAUGCUAUUAUCGUCAUCUCAGUAAUGUUUCUGAGUCUCAAAUCUGAUCAGGGGAUUCCACUUGAAUUCAAUUCUGUCUAUCCAAAAUCCCACUCACAUCCCGCAGAGGGACCAACUCUACAUAUCCCUAUUUAACCCAAGGACAUCCAGCUGCUUGUCCCAGUGCAUUCAGGAACGAGAAAAAUACCGCUAAGAGUGGGAGAAUCACUGAUGGAGAGGCUUCAUCACCAGUGUAGUUGUGAUUAUGAUAAGCAUAUUGUUUUAUCAAUGUUGUGAACAGUUUUUUUUAUUAUUCAACAAACACUCAACAGAUUCAACUCUGACUGGUUGCUUUGUGCCCAGUCUAAAGGCAAUUUAGGAUUGAAUGCAUUGUUACCUGAAUAAAUAGCUCCACCCAAGUCUGUGAGCUGUAUAAUGUAUAAGCAACUCGCAUGGUAACCGGGUUGCACCUGUUACGAACACCUAUACAGGACAUAGCUCAUGGCUAGAACAAGGUGACUGUUAGAAGUGGUUAAACUUUCC